CAGGCACUUGUCGUGUAUGAACGAAGUGGAUGCACAAGUGGCGUGGAGUUACACUGUAGUUGAAGCACAGCUGCAAGUGUAUUCGACAUAGUCUCUGGAAUAUCUUUAGGUUCAGUGUGCUAUCUUUCGUGUAUAACGGUACAUAUAAUAUACCGACACUUCUAGAUGCACAAUUUCAUGCACACUAUACAACAUACGCGCGUAUACACACAUACAUACAAACGUUAAACACCCAAGAAAACACCAGCAAUGUCUAGGGAUUUUUCUAGUGGGCUACGUGGCCCGCCCCCUAUUGCCGGUGGUCUAGCAGGGGGACCUCCAGGCUUUGGAGGGGGUCCCUUUCGGGGGCCUCCACCAGGCCCACCCCCUGGAUUCAAUGCUGCUAACCCAUCUAAUCCGAUAAAUGACCCCAUGAAUAACAUGAAUAAUGGCACUAUUAGACCGAAUAGCAAUGGGAUUAGAUCCACCAUGUUUACUUCCGGUCCUCCCGGUGUAGGUGGGGGGGGGGCAGGUGUCAACAAUACAUCGCCUAGCGUUAGUAGUGGAGCGCCCGGUGUCCCAGCAGUAACGUCUGCGAGUAUGGGACCACCCCCUCGCGCGGAAGAAAAGCCUUUGUGGACACCACACACUACGCCAGCCGGAAAAACAUACUACUACAACAAUAUAACCAAGCAAUCGUCGUGGGAUAAACCCGAAGAGAUGAUGACGGCCGAGGAAAAGCUUCUGGCACAGUCCGUGUGGAAGGAAUUUAAGGCAGAGAAUAAGAAAACGUACUACUACAACAAGGUGACCAAAGAAUCCGUUUGGAACGAGCCCACUGAGCUCAUCGAACUUAAACGGAAGGCUAAGGCAAGUCUGGCGACCAACGGCACAGCAGAGGAAGGUCCUCCUGGCAUCGAAAAUGUAAAUGCCACAGAUAGUAAACCGGUAGAUGUCAAGCCUACUACCCCUGCACCUGGUUUCAUCCAUCCGUCUCGAGCUCAUUUGUUCGGCGGUAGUAUGAGUCCUGCUAUGCACGCUUCUCCUGUGGUUCCCUCGCCUGUGAAAGCUCAGAUAAAGCUCGAACCCGCGGUCAAACUCUCGGCGCCAUCCUAUGCGGCAGUGCAGCCGGAGAUGGACACUCCCAGCGUCACCACAACCGAGCCAAAAGUGGAGCCUCAACCCACACCCAAACCCGAAGUGAUUAUACCUACCCCUAAUGCGGAUGGAUUCCUGUAUAAUACGAAAGAAGAGGCUAAGAAUGCGCUGAAAGGGCUGUUUGCCGAGUACAAUAUUGGCUCUACGGGACAUAGUUUCGACCAGGCGUCCAAGCUGGUCCAGCACGAUGUGCGCUGGGGAGCGUUGAAGACACUCAGCGAAAAGAAGCAAUGCUAUAACGAGUACAGAUUACAACGGGCUAAGGAGGAGAAGGAGGAAGACAUACAGGCCGAGAGAGACGCAAGGGACAGCCUGCGGAGGACAAUCGAGGAGCAUCCGGAUAUCAAACCGUAUAUGAAGUGGCGUCAAGUGGAAGACCUUCUGCAGGAGUCAAAGGGCUUCAAUCGGUUAUCUAUGAGAGCUGCUAUGGACAUUUUUGAAUCCAUCCAGAGGGACCGGCUCACUGAAGAGAAGAAUGUCAAGAAGGAGAGCCUCCGCGCCUUCACGAAGAAAUACCGGGAGGUACUAGAGUCGCAACCCUUGACUGUGAUCACUACGUGGGAAAUGGCGCGCGAGUUGGUCGAUCGGGAGCUAGAAACCCGCAAAACACUCGGCCUGGAUGAGAAAGAUGCAGAUUCCGAAUCGAACGUGGACCAAAAUCUGGACGAGGAGGCAUUGGCAGAAAAGGAAAAGCACAGAAUUAUACGAGAAGAUGCUGAACAAUUACUCGAGUUAUUGCAAAUACCUGAGUAUCGGAUCGCCGCGAUAAGACAGUUCGAGUUGGGGAUACUUGAAAGAGAAAAAGAAGCAGAGGCUGAACGACGCAGAGCACGUGAACUGCGGAAGCGAAAAGAACGCCGUGCCCGAGAGGCUUACGUGUUGUUGCUGAAAGAGCUUCACGCUACAGGCUCAAUCCAUGCGUUGAGCACAUGGAAGGAAUCCUUGAUUCUGAUUGGUCCUCAGCCCGCGUUCAACGCCAUGCUCGAUACGUCGGGUGUGACUGCGAUUGAAAUAUUCAAGCUGUAUAUAGUUGAUCUGUAUGAGAAGCUGACAACGGACAUGAGCACGAUAGGAAUGAUACUGAAAGGUAUAUCGUUCGAAAUGAGAGGGAACACAUCGCUCGACGAGUUCAAACAAAUCUUGGCUGGGGAUGCCCGAGCUCAAGUCAUAACACCCGUAAAUAUUGAGCUGACGUAUCAAAAGCUUAUCGAGAAGGCUUUGGUGAGGGAAUCGGAAGAGAGGAAGGAGGCAGAAAAGGAGCUGAAACGGAAAAUGCGAUCAUUUGCUAAAGAUCUGAGAUCGCUCGAUCCGCUAAUUGCUUUGACAGAUACUUGGGAUACGAUCCGGCCACGUGUCGAGGGCAUGUUCCACUUCAAGAAUAUCGACCUAGACAGCCACCGCGAGGAUGUAUUCAACGAAGUGCUCACAGAGCUCAAAAGCAAUCCCGCUAAGCAUGAGCGAGAAGAAGGCGAAGCUUCCAGUGGAGAUGAGGGAGAGUACACCGUAUCUUCGAAGGAUAAGAGCUCGCAUGGGCGGUCACGAAAGUCUACUAAGAGCAAGUAUGAAUCGUCUAGCAAGUCGAAGUCGAAGUCGAAGUCCAGUCGGCGUAGCAGGAGCCGAUCGCGGAAUAGUCGCAGCAGGAGCCGGAGCAGAACGCGCAGUGUGUCGAGGAGUGUAUCGCGCAGCCGUAGUCGAAGUCGCAGCCGUGGGCGUAGGACGUACAGCUCAGAUGAAGAAGAGGAAAAGAGCGGCAGACACCGGCACUCGUCCAGGCGACAUAAGAGCAGUCAUGACGAUAGAAAGAGUAAACGAUCGAGGAGGUAUUCCAGUGACGAGGACGAGGACAGGCCAAAAGAGAGCUCUAGAAGUAAAAAGGCGAAGAAGAGGUCGCGACGAGAUUAGUAGAUCCUCUGCACGAUUUCAAAUAACCGCGGAUUGUAGGUUGGGCCUAAAAAUAGAAGACCUGGGUCUAAAAAUGGGACCACAUGCAAAUAAAGAUACAAUUAUGCGUCUUAAGUACAGUCACCAAUUGAAUCGUGGAUUAAUCUGACUCCCUAUUGCACACAUUGUAAACAUCACUAGUAGUAUUCAAUGUAGCACAUAGGAAUGGACGAUUCUCAUGUAAAUGUUGGUGAUGCUA